GGCUCCACCCUCCCCCGGUUCCAGCGCAACCACUCUUGAGCCAAACUUCCUCCUGUCGCAUCUCUACAACCUUUACCUUUUACCUUUGGGCAUUUAAGGAAGCGAGCAAGCCGAAAAUGAAGACUUUGGAUAAAAGAGGAAGAAGUCCUCAUUUUGAAGACACUGAGUGACGGCACCGGCUCCCCUCACACAGAAUGACGCACGUUUACUAUUAACUGGUGAAGUUAAGUCUCCUCACCUGUUUUGUUGCUAAUUUUUUUUCCUCUUCACGCCUCUUGCGUGGUGCGUGCGCGGCCCCGACGAGGCGUGCGCGUGAUGGGCUCUCUCAUUUGGACCCCGGCCAGCCUGCCUGCUUGGAAAACCACUUUUUUACUUUUGAACGUCUUUUCAACUGUUGUGAGCAAAAGACACGCAGUGUACUGGAACUCCACUAACACCAGGUUAACAGCAGGCGAACUUUCCAUCCAGGUUAACCUGAACGACUACCUGGACUUCUAUUGUCCUUACUACCCCAGUAAGCAAACGCUGGGCACCAGGCAGCCAGAGACACUGGCCCUCUAUCUGACAGAGGAGGCGGCCUUCCAGGGCUGUGUGGAGACUUCAGCGGCCAUCAAGCGAUGGGAAUGCAACACCCCCUUCGCUCCGUUCGGCUCUGUGCGCUUCUCGGAGAAGAUCCAAAGAUUCACCCCCUUCUCACUGGGAUUUGAAUUUCUGCCAGGGCGCCACUACUAUUAUAGCUCUCUGCCUGCAGAUGAAGGCCCACCACUGCCAUGUAUGAAGCUGCGUGUCACUGUGUGCUGCGAAACUGUCAUCAACAAGAGCCGAAGAUACUUGGGGCAGGUUGUCAUCCCCAAAAUGGAGUACUCCACCCUUUUCCGGGUGAGGACCAUGGUCUCAGAUUUAGAGGAGCAUCCAAGGGCUCCAAACAAACUCAAGCGACUUCACCCCUCAGUCAAGGAGAUCCGUCGAGGACGCCGUCACUUCUGCUCCUCUGCGUCGUCCUCGCCGUCCUGCUGACCACCUGACCUCCUCCCGCCUGUUCCCAAUGAGAUUGGGACACUCAAGCACAGCCGGAGAACCCCACCAGUCCCUUGCCAUCCACACACUGAGAACGCAGAUGACAUUUGUCAUUGCGCACACACAAACAACCCGGUGGACCUUACACGCUCACACACGCUCAGGGAAUGAGCCCUUCCCUUCCAUCUCAAUCACACUCGGGCCCCUCCAUUAGGUACCCCCACGCAUUCUAGUGCAGCGUUUCCCGGCCUUUAUUUGACACCACCAAACAAAAGGGCCCAAGAAAUGGAUACAUCUUCGUUCUGCCUGCUGUUGUACAGUAAAACGCUGGCAUCGCCAGUUGUGCUUCUGUGGUCAGGUCAUCCGUUGACCGAAGCCCCUUGAGCACGACACAGAACCCUAAAUUGCCUCCAGGUCACCAUCAUAAAUGAGGAAUGUUCUGAAAUGCCUUACUUGGGUAAACAAAGGAAAUUAUUCGUUAUGAACAAGAAAUACAUUGAAUACGUUUCAGAGCAGCUAAGCGGCAUUUAUCCAAAAGGCUACCACUUCUGAAAUAAUAGAAUUGAUCAAAAAGUACCUUUCAUUAUUCAUUUAUAGCUAUUGUGUGAAGACACUGAUCUUGUUAAUGAUUUCUGAAUAAUGAUAAAUUUAUAACAUUUAUUUCUGUAAAUCUAUGCAUGUAUUUCAAUCUUUGAAAUGAUCACUUGUACAAGAUUCCUCGAAUAGCAUACUAGCCCAUUUCUUAUCGCCACUAACACUGACUUACUGUGAGAUUUUUAGAACUGACCCGUGGCGACUCACGUGAUCCUCAGUGGAGACCUCGAGCACCAUGUUGGUGACCCCUGCUGUAGAUGAACGAGGAUGUCCAUCGGCGUUAAUAAUGUUUGCCCAAAUUAAGUGAAAUUGGAUCAUUUCCCACACAUCCUGUGACCAUACGUGGCGAGCAUAGAUGGAUAAACAAGAACGUGUUCCUUGUCAUAAAUCAAUUUGGAGGCAAAUGUAGUGAAAUUGACGAAUUUUCCAUUAACAGAGAUAAUACUGACAAGUUUUUAUUGACACUGUCAGGGGUUUGCAUCCAUUAAAGAUUCAAGAGAUGUAACAGAGCAACGAAUUACCCGUUUACACAUUUAAUUGGCUUAACUGCAAAAGGCACAUUUUUAUUUUCGACACGUAAAUGUAUUUGUUUACUCGAGCUUCAAAGAUUUCUUCAGUAAAAUUGGAACAGGGGCUAUUUGGGCAUAAUGAGGCAAGGCUGCUGCGCCCCCUACUGGGAUCUAACUGGUUGUAGUGGAAUUGGAACUGGAUUACAGAGGGGAAGUUUGAUAACGAUUAAAACGUAGACCUUGGGUUGCUUUGCGUCCUUUCGUGCUGCAUCUCCUGGACAGCGGGGCAAAUUCACACCAGAGGGAAUUGUGGGUAAACGCAACAGGGCUCGUCUUGCGCCACUGCAGAUGAUAUGCACGCACGCUACUUGGUUUUCUGUUUCUAAACACAAUUCCACAAUUUUACUGACAUGGUUAAUGAGACCCGGCAAAAUGCACCUGUUUAAUACUUGUGGCAAUGUAAUUUUCCCGUUAUUUAAAUGUGGGAGGAAAAUAACUUUUGUGUUUUGUAUUAUAGAUAAUUGUUAGAUUCUUUUUUUUUUUCUGUUUAGUUUACAAAUGUGUUCUGCUGAAAUUGUUGUGCAAGUCAAAUUAUUUGAUCAUUUUGAUUUGUAGUUAUUUGAUUUCAAUUUUCUAUUUGUUACCCUUUUUGUGCCAUUUGUUUAUUUUAUAUAAUGUUUAAAGGAAAACUAAUUGGAUGUAUUCAACUUUUAAUUAAAUGGGGGGAAUAUUUGGAAAUUUUGAUUGCCUUGGGCUUAAAUUAAUUUUUAUGGUACAAUGAUGGCACUUAUCUCUUUUUUUCUUUCAAAAUGCUGUAAUUUGCCAUGAAUACAACUCGCUACAGUUUUUCAUUUCUGUAAUAUAGAACGUGAUCAUUUUCUUUUGCGUGUAUGUGCGUGUGUGUCCUCAGCAUUCACAUUUUAGUGAAGAAUGUAGCUUCUUCUGUGAAGAGACAACUGCAAUUUGAGCCUGUUUUUUGUACUACUUUCAGUCAAAUGUGGUGAUAAAAAUAAAUUUUGUAAAUGUUGGUAUAA